AUGAGGGUUCUACCAUUCUUAUAUGCACUUCCACUUGUUGCUGCCCUAGGCAGUAGACAACACAAGCGUAAUCUGGCCAUCUCAAGCCUCGAGAAGCGUGACAUCGACCCCGAGAGCCUCUACCCGGAGCACAACAUCUCAGUGCCUGUUGACCACUUCCACAACUCGUCUCAAUAUGAGCCACACAGCAAUGCUACUUUCGACUUGAGAUACUGGUUUGACGCAUCGCACUAUCAGCCUGGCGGACCUGUCAUCGUACUCCAAUCUGGUGAGACCGAUGCCUCAGGACGCUUGCCUUAUCUGCAANAAGGCAUUCUCGCUCAGUUGGCCCAAGCAACUCAUGGUAUUGGUGUCGUACUUGAGCACCGCUACUAUGGAACAUCUUUCCCCACUCCUGAUCUUUCUACUAAGAAUCUCCGUUUCUUGACUACCGAGCAAGCGCUUGCCGAUGAGGCAUACUUUGCGAGAAACAUUGUUUUCCCCGGACUUGAACACCUAGAUCUCACCAGUGAUGCUGCUGCAUACAUUGGGUAUGGUGGUUCAUAUGCAGGCGCAUUUAACGCUNUUUUGAGAGUCGUCUAUCCUGACGUCUUCUGGGGCACAAUCUCUUCCAGCGGUGUGACCAAGGCCAUCUACGAUUACUACGAUUACUUCACUCCGAUUGCCGAAAAUGGACCUCCCAAGUGCAUUUCGACACAGAAGACUCUCAUCCACAUUGUAGACACCAUCCUCAAGAAGAAUCAGACAGACCUCACUUACCAGCUCAAGACUGCGUUCGGCCUAGAGAACAUUACUUAUGACAACGACUUCGCCUCUGUUCUGUCCAAUGGCAUUGAAAACUGGCAAAGCCGUAACUGGGAACCCAAGGUCGGAAGCCCUGCUUUUGAUCUAUACUGCAACAACAUUUCAUCCGAUGCAACGCUCUACCCCAACACGUCUUCGCUCCGUUCUGAAGUCGAGUCCCUGAUCAAGAACACCAACUACACUGUUGAAGAGACUUUGGUCAACCGCAUGCUCAACUUUAUCGGUUACGUGAAUGUCACGUCUGUGCAACCCUGCACUAGAGGUAGAAGCACUCAGGACCAGUGCUUUAGCAAUCAUAACGUGACAUACUACCAGCAAGAUGACCUAUCAUCAUACGGCUGGCGUUCAUGGGCCUACCAAUACUGCUCCGAGUGGGGUUACUUGCAAACCGGAUACGCACCUCCAGGAGAGCUUCCCAUCGUUUCUUCUCUGCUUGAUCUCGAAUACGAAAGUAUUGUCUGCGUCGAUGCCUUUAACAUCACUACCCCAUCCGAUGUGGAAGCAGUCAACAAGUACGGCGGUUAUGACAUUUCAUACCCUCGUCUUGCCUUCGUCGAUGGCUCUGCUGACCCCUGGCGUCCUGCAACUCCCCAUGCAUAUGCUCAGGGUGCCAAGAAGCGCAACUCUACCUCUAGUGAACCUUUCAUUCUGAUCGACGGAGCCGUUCACCAUUGGGAUGAAAAUGGCUUGUUCCCUAACGAGACCACUGCAUCCCUUCCACCAUUGACCGUAGCCGACACUCAAAGACAGGAAAUUCAGUUUGUGCAGGAAUGGAUGUUGGAGUGGCAGUUGGAGCAGCAGAUUGAGGUGGCUUACCAUAAGCCAGCUACCCAGGGACCUCUUUGA